AUGCCUGGAGCUCAGCGACCCAGAGGGAAAUGGACGCCGAAAAGCCAGGUGACUCCCACCGAGGAGCAGCUGGAGAUCCUGGAGUACAACUUCUGCAAGGUGAACAAGCAUCCCGACCCCACCACGCUGUGCCUCAUUGCAGCUGAAACUGGCCUUUCCGAGGAGCAGACCCUGAAAUGGUUCAAGCAGCGCCUGGCACAGUGGAGGAAGUCUGAAGGGCUGCCCUCAGAAAGCGGCUCUGUCAGGGACUAGAGGAUGCUGCUCCGGUCUCCGUGCCUGCUGUAAAUGAUGGCAACGAUGUUCAGAGUGGGUUUCCUGUUGCAGAAAGUUUUGAGAUGCAAAAUAAUGCCCUGGUAUUUAACGUAAUGUUUAUUUAUAGAAAAAAAAAAUGCUAUAUAUAUAAAAUAUAUAUGUAUAUGUGUAUACAGCUUCUGGUGGUUGCAUAACCAGUUCAAUGAUUCUUAUCCAUUAACAGAGCUGCACAGGCCAGGCCAUCUCAUGCCCUUGUCAGCUGCUACGAAAGGUUCAAGUACAGGAGGCAUGAAGACAGAUUUAUUUUCUUUAUGAUUUAGUGUACAGAACAUCCUGAGAGGAGGGCAAUUGGAAAACGUGAUGUGUUGUUUGUGGGGUCUUGGUGAGCUUAAGAUGCCCAAGAUGUUUGGAUAUUGCCAAACCAAGUAUCCAGAUCAUAAUCAGAUCAAGACACGAUGAAUGUAUUUUUGUUACAGGACACCAAAGGGCGAGAACUGGUCUUUUCUUUAUCCAAUGUGUAAAUAAAAACCAAAGACUUUUGGUGA